GCACCCAAGGCCCGAACUCCAUGGCGUGCGGCCUCGAGGCAGGCUGUGAAGCUAUACACUACAUAGCAGCGAGAGCUAUACGAACGAGCCCUUUCCUCCUCCUCCACCGCCAUGGCUGCCGCCCCUCUCGUGCUGCAAAGGAUACUCAUACGCUUCAGGGAUCUUCUGCCGAAACAGGCCCUGUACCGGAUUCUCCUCCAGUUCUGGACCAUCCUCAAGUCAUUGUGGUCCAGGAUGAGUACUAGUGGGCGGAUCUCCCAGUCCAGCGCUGGUCGAGGUACGAGGCCUCCGCGCUCGACCAAGGAGGGCGACGGAGCGCCGCCGAUGGCCGUCGAGCAGGUUCUGGCGAGUCGGGUACCUCCCUCUUUGAGUUCCUGGCAGCCCAGGCGAGGCCGAGACGCCACAUAUCUUCACGUCCCCUCGGAGACAGCGGUACAGGCAUCACGAUCCUCUAUAAACGUACGGGAAACGAACAAUCCAUAUGCCCGAGCCAUGGGCGACAUACGACACUCCUCUUCGCCCAACAUAGGGCUCGGAGACCGUGGCCACAGGUCUAAUCCGCACGUACCCCUCGAAGGAAUCGCUGUUCAUACUGUGGAUACAUUGGGGAUUCCGGCUACAAGCUCUCGACCCGACUCACCUGUACGCUCGGACGCCUCGUCAGUGGACAUAGCUGUGCAGUCACCAAUGGACGACGGGGCAAUGAGCGAUGGUCCCCUCUCUCACGCGCCGGUGUCAUUGGGACACGAGUCAGGAUAUCUGACGGAUGGGCAGUAUGAUCACGGGUACGAUGUAUCUCCGGAUACUGCCUCUUCCAUGCAACCUGGAGCGCCAAACGCCCAUAACGAAUACAUUACGACUAGUGAGCCCUUCGGUAUCAAAGCAGUACCGGCGCGGAAUAUCGCCCCGGUGAUCAAGGAUAGCAAAGAGGAGAAACCCGUGGAUUACCUGCGAGCUCACGGAAUCAUACCUAUCGACGUAUCGUACCUUGCUCGAUAUGAGAGAGGACUCAUGGUACCGAGCCAUAUAUCGAGCAUGAAGGUCGCUCCCAUGACGUUGAGAUUUGAUCGGGAGAAACCGCCGGAGCCUUGGACACGCUACAUAGGACCGGAAGGUUGCACUUACUUCUGGCAUCCCGUCAGGCGCAUGUUGACAGAUGCUGAUCUCUGCGAUCCGGAAACAUAUAGGAAAAUCGAGGAGCAUGCAGGACACAUUAUGAUCGUUAAAUUCCAAUAUGACGAGAUUUUCCCAGAAAAUGCCGAAAUAGUCCUGGAGCUACCUCAUCCAAAGUACGGUGCGGAUUCCUUGUGCUGGUAUUACUGCAUCAACCAUCAAGAUCGGUCCCUCUUUUGGUUGAAUGAGAUGGACAUCGAUUGGAUGCUCACCGAGGUCAAGGGGAUCACUAAGCCUUCACAUGCCAAGAAGGAAAUGGAAGCUCAAUACUGGACACAUUGGGAACUGUUCCCUAUGGAGAGAGAGGUAUCGGAGGAGCUGUUGCAAGAGUUGAUCGGAAUGAUGAUGCAAGGAGGAAUUGACCAGGUUACUUCAAAAUGGUCGACAUUCCCAUACAGCAUUCAGGAUUUGACAAUACUGCUCGAUUUGAUCAAAAACGCCAACUAUGUCCAAAAUUUAGGAGGCUACUCUGCGAAUGUCGUUGGCCGAAUGAUGUCGCUUAUGGCCCAUACCCAAUUUCUCAACCGUUAUGGCCACCCGGAGGCCAGGUUGUGUCGACAACACCAUCUGCAUGAGGAGGAGAAGCGACCACCUACGCUACUCAUCACGCUAUUUUCCCCUUUACUAUUCUUCGCCCCAGAUAUCCAUCUAAAGAGUCUGAGGCAAGUUUGGGUGGAUACUGUUGUUGUAGAACCCGCAUGGAAGAAGUUCAUCGAGAAAGUCCAAGACGAGUGGGAAAAGUUCCUUCUCCCGGCCACUGUGUUGCUAUCCGUUAAUGUUGCAUUCCUUGCCAUUCCCAGCGUCGACCAGACGAACCAGGUUCCAAACUUCUUCAGCGUCGGAAACAGCUCGACGUUCGAAAACCUGCAGGACUUCGACUUCAACACCGCGACUCCGCAAAGAUCCUUUGCGCAGAUUGCGUCAUAUAUAUCUACGGCUGCUUCGAUUGGCACAAUCAUGAUCGGGCUACUUCUCAACAGACACCACCGAUUGAGCCAUCACAUGUCUGCGGGUGAAGUGGCAAACGAUCUCGCGCAGAAGGCGCAUCCGGUAUUCAAGCUGGAGACCCUGGGUGAGUAUGACACUGUCCUCAAGCUGACGGAACCUGAGGGCCCUUCUACAGCCAUCCUCUACUCUUUGCCUUACGCCCUUAUGAUGUGGGGUAUGGUGACAUUCGCAGCUGCCUGCUGCGCACUCUUCUUCCAAAAUACCACCCCUUCGACCCAAAUACCGCUUGGUGCAUUCAGCUGCAUGUGCAUGGUGCUCAUCGUCUGGUGCAUGUGGACUGUAUGGGACGGCGGGCACCCUUGGUUCAGUCAGCUAGUCGAUGCGCUGCGCUACUCCUGGAUCCGACAGGCCGUAGACCUCCUUCAUCGCCAACUCACACCGAAACAGCAAGAUGACGAGGAAGUACAGGAGAACGAGAAGACCGACGCGUACAGCGACAUGACGACAAAAAAACCAUCCCAUACGUUAACCCGCUUUCUCAGCAGAAAACAGCAGCGUCGUGGCACUGCGGAUACCGAUACGACUUAUGUCAAUGAAGAGCCAUAACAUCUCGCGACUCAUGCGUCCCGGAGGUAAUAGCAAUGCAACUCCUCGUCCUGGCGCUCUACGACAUCAGCUCAGCUGCGGAGCGCUAUUGCAGACGGAGUGUUCAAGUGGCACUCAAUAUCGCACCUGGAGCCAGAAGAUAUCUUAGGCAUUCGAUCUUGUCGCUAUCUGUUUGACCCGAGGUAUCAAGCAUUCGACAUCAUGGCGCGGAGCUCGAAGGAUGGGAUAAUUUGACGGAGUUCACAGACAAAAUUGUUGUAGAUAUAUUUUGUGAAGCAUUAUUUCGGAGGCGGCUGAGCACCAC